AUCAAAGUAAGUGGCCAGAGAGAUGGUUUGGGGAUCAGCAUUGCCGGAGGCAGAGGCUCCAUGCCGUACAUUGAAAAUGAUGAGGGGAUCUUCAUUUCCAGAGUAAGCAAAGGAGGGUCAGCCGAGAAGGCCGGAAUUCAUGUAGGAGACAGAGUAUUGGAGGUCAAUGGGCAGGACAUGCAGGGGGUUAGUCACCAUGAGGCUGUCAGCACCCUGAAGCAGGCAGGUAGCUGUAUUAAAAUGAAAGUGCUGCGGCAGAGACUUGAAGCCACAGAGAAUCGAGCAACCGAGGACCCUGAAAACUCAAAAAGAGGGCACAAGGGCCCUGAACUUAACUGCAGCUUAACAACUAACAGAAUUGAGGCUGUGGUCUGCAAUGGCAAAGGCUUGAGUGACCUGGCACAAGAGACAACACCUGAAAAAGACUGGUUUAAAAGCAGCAGUCUGCGGGUUGGCCAGCACACCAUGACGAUACCUCGGAUUAUCCUGACCCAUCCCUCUACCUCAGAUGAAGACGUGGACGGGCUGACACUUAGUGACCUCGAUGAAAUCAAUAAUAAUCCUGAUAACCACAUCUAUUCGGACCUAAGCGGUGCUUUUUAUCCACCAUAAAAAUAAUACAAAACACAUUGAGAGCCUAAGUCACACCAAUCAUUGUUCCUCUUCUGUCUUUUAACUAUUAAUGUCACUAUGGGUCUUAGCAUACAUUUUUUUCUUUCCCUGGCAAGUGAGACACGGUGACGGUGUCACAUUUCAGUCUUAUUUACAUUUAAAAUUCAGCAGCUUGUCCAUCUUCUUGUGUGGGUGUCAACAGUGAAUGACUUAAAAUUCAAAACGCGUGGUUUUAAAAGCACUACGUCUUUUUCUUAAGUAGAAAAUACUUCAGUGCCUGGAGUUUAUCAAGCUUGGCUGCUCUCUGCCCUAUUAUACUGCCAGCGUUUGAGAUAUAUUUAAUGUAUGCAAGGAUUUUAAGGCGACUUGCUAAAGGGAGAACUCUAUGCCAACUUAUUUGAUAAAUACUGUUUCCCAGGCUUUUCAAUUUUACUGAAAAAGUGGGGUUUUGUGUGAUUAUUUAUUAUUUCCAAUGGGCCCAUGUGCCUUAAUACCUUUUAUAUGUAAACAUUUCCAGUAAUAUUCAGUUAUGGUUUACUGGUUAGGUUACUCAUAGUAACCAUAGAUUUUAACAGCCAAUUGUCCAUCUGAAUCUUGCUCGUUGCUCUCAGUGUGUGUUGGAAGGUCGACUUUUUUUUUUCUUCUUCUCAUAAGCAGUUGAAUUUUUGUACUCGAUAGCCAACCACUCGAGUAUUUACAGUAUACAAGGCUAUAGCAGUGUAGGGGGAGACAAACUCAUGAUUCAUGAGUGAAAACAUUUAUCAGCCAUUGUGUCCAUCUCUAUAUUAAAACUUUCAUUUUGACAUAUUAAAAGAUGUUUUAUUGAACCAACCAAAUGUAUUUUUAGGUCCAGCAAUGGGCUACAUCCUUCUACAUGUUACAUUGUCCAUACAGAGAUCAAUUCUUUUUCAUACUACUGUAAAUUCAUAAUAUAAUAUACUAAUACAUGUACUACAGUAUGUUCUGCAAACAAUACAUAUAUUUCUCAUGCUGUGGAUUUAA